AUGCACGGAUCACAUGGUUGUAGCAAACGAAUUGUGAGGCUGAACCAUGAGUCUGAGUUUGUGACCGGGAUAAGUGGGGAGGUAUAUGAUGGUGGUCUUAUUUCAUCUCUGACGUUUCAUACAAACCAAAGGAAAGACGAAGCAUUUCACUUGACACUCAAUAUAGGAAAAACAGGUCCUCCUAUGAAAAUGGAGUUUCAUUCGGGGAUCCUUGAACGUUGUGAAUUUGAAGGUUUCUUUGGAGCUCAUGAUGAUACUUAUUUGAGCACAAUUAAUUUCUCUGUGAGGCAUAUCUUUCAUGAUAUUGAGACAAUUAAAUAG